AUGGCAGCCAAAUUUACGCAUUGCUUGACGGCCAUUUUGGCCCUGUGCGCCACCCCCGCACUUGCUAUUCCAGGUGGCGGCAACAACAACAAUCAAGAUGUUUACGACUAUGUGAUUCCGGGAUACUCUGUCUUGCUCCUGGAGGCAGGCGAUGACCAGAGCAACGAUAUUGGAACACAGCUCAUCAAUGUCGGCAGUACGUCCAAUGCCAACCGCUGGGGAUUUUACGUGAGGCAGUAUGGCGACGACACGCAGCAGCUGAAGAACAACCACCUGACAUGGAGACGUGCUGACGGGACCUUGUUCGUUGGCAAUGGAAGCUCUGCUCCAGCUGAUGCCACGCCUUUGGGUGUUUUCUACCCCCGCGGCGCGACUCUCGGUGGGUCGUCGGUCAUCAACGCCGGCGUUACAGUGUUGCCCAGCAAGAGCACCUGGGAUGAAAUUUGGAGGAAAACGGGUGACCGCAGCUGGAGGUUGAUCUUCACGCGUGUUGAGAGGAACCAUUAUCUCCCACCCGGAACCCUGGGCCAUGGAUUCAAUGGCUAUCUCGACAUCAACGGAAAUGAUGGCGAGGUCUACUCUCGCAGUCCCGGCAUUCUCUCCGUCUUCAGGUCUAUGAUCGCAUCCAUCGGCGGCAACCCCAACAACGCACUCACCGAUGUGACUCGCGAUCUCAACAACCCCUCUCCAUCUCGAGACACAACCCAAGGUCUUUUCGGCCUUCCUUUCCACGCCAACCAAACCUGGGGUCGUUUCAGUGCCCGCACCAUCGUCCUUGACACUCUGGCUGCCAAAAAACCCAGUGGAUCUCCUCGCUACCCCCUGACCCUCAAAACAAACAGCCUCGUAACCAAAGUCCUCUUCGACAGACCCCGAAACAAGAAGCCCCGUGCCAUCGGAGUCGAGUACCUCGAAGGACAAUCCCUCUACUCGGCCGACGCCCGCCACAAUCCUUCCAACACAGGCACCAAACGCACCGUCAGAGCCCGCAAAGAAGUCAUUCUCUCCGGCGGCGUCUUCAACACCCCGCAACUCCUCCAACUCUCAGGAAUCGGCCCAAAAGAACACCUCCGCUCGCUCAAUAUCUCCGUCCUAGUCGACCUCCCCGGCGUUGGCUCCCGCCUCCAAGACAACCCGGAAUACCCCGUCGUCGGCAUCGCAAAAGACAACCAACCCUUCUUCACGAUCCCCAUCCCAGGCGAGCCAGAAUGCUUCUUCGGCUUCGGCCCUCCCGGCGUCCCAGAUCCGUGCAUCGACCUCUGGUAUCAGGGUCUUGGCCCCUAUGCCCGCCCGGCGGCAAACACAAACGCUUUUAUGCUCAAGACGAACUACUCCGGUGACGGGGAGCUUGACAUUCUCGUGUUUAGUCUGGCGAAUUUUGCGUUCAGGGGGUAUUGGCCCAAUGAUGCGGCUGUGGCUAUCCCUCCUGAUCCGUUGGGGGUGUUUGGCUUUUCGGUUGUAAAGAUCAAUCCUAUUUCCCAGGCGGGGACUACGGGGGCUGAUCAAGAUUUGGGAGCGUUGGCUGAGGCAGCUGCUUGGGGGAGGAGGGUUUAUGGGAAUGUGGAGGGGCCGACGGGGCCGAUGACGACUACUGAGCCGCCUUGUGACGGGGGGACGGGUUGUUUUGCUGGGGAUAAGGAGUGGGCGAGGGAUCAGAGUUUUGGGCAUCAUGCUACUAGUACUUGUGCUAUUGGUGGGGAUAGGGAUCGGUUGGCGGUGUUGGAUAGCAAGUUUAGGGUUAGGGGCGUGGAUGGGUUGAGGGUGGUGGAUGGGAGUGCGUUUCCCAAGACGCCAGGGGCGUUCCCGGUGCUGAGCACGUUUUUGUUGAGUGAGAAGGCGAGUGUGGAUGUUUUGGCGGAUGCUAGGCGGUGGUGA